AUGAGCCAGCAAACUAGGACAUCCUCUAAGGGUCCAUACUAUAGGGAUGAGAUGAAUCUCAUGUGGCUAUUGGCUGGUAAGGUCGCUGUUCAGACCUUUGGUAGUGCCAUGAGCACACUCCUCGAACGAUCAUUGGCCUUGAAUAGGGAGAUCCGACUGUGGGCCCAGACGGGUGAUUUUUAUUCAACUUUAAAGAGCCGUUCCACUGACCAAGCCGAACUGCGGCUUAACUCGAUUUCCGUCAAGUGGGAGAGAUUUUUCGAGUUGGCGCAGCACAGUAUUCGACAAUGUUCUGAAUGGCACGCAAAGUCCUCGAUAUUGUCACCGUUUGCUCGUUGUAGGCCAGAGGUGCGGCGAAGACAGCAGACAUUGAAGAUUCUGAGAGAUGUAAACGCCAGCAGUAUCGGGAUUUUGGCGGAAGAGUGUCUUGCAUUUGGAGUAGGGGACGACUUGAACGAUUCUGGAAAGCAUAGUCCGUCGGAUUACGAGUGGCACAAUAUCGUGUACAAGAGCGUUCUAUUGAUGGACACGAUCCUGCGGAAUUUGACUGAUCCUAACGUCGCCGUGACUGAAUUUGAAGAUGGUGUGUUCACAACUGUCGAAAACGAGAUUCAAUGCACGCAAAAUCAGGCUGAUGAGAGGACAUUCGUCCAACCGAUCCAUGUUAUCGAACGACUCAUUUGCAUUUUACAAGAAUGCUUGCAAGAAAAUGCGUCGUCCACGGGAACCUUGAUUCGCAAACACGGGCGCCCUUCACUCCUUGUUCGAAAUAGCCCGGUAGCUGAUCGUGCUAGUCUGGAAAGGAUGGUCAUUGACUUUGUUCUCGACCACGCAGACCUUAACCAUGAGAAGGUCCGCACAGAUGUCAGCGUUAUCUCUACUAAUGGGAUGGAUCUUAUCCGUACCCUUCUAAUCCAGAUCCAGAGGACGAAGGUUGACAUAGAGGUAGCAAUCAGCGGCAUAGACGCGCGCUUCUCAAGAGCCAGGAACUUGUUUUUGGCUUUGUAUCUGUAUGACUGA